AUGCAUAUUCCAUACUACUUUCCUACUAUUAUUCUCCUGCAAGCAUUGUUUACCAAUGCAAAGACAUAUACGUUUCCCGCAUUUGAGUCGUCUACAACAUACUUUGAGCAAAGCGAUCCUCAAGUUUCAGUUGCCCAAGUGAAGUAUUCUCAAAACUUUGGUUUGAAAACAGAGUUUUCAUGGCAAGACGUUCUAGACCAGUUAGAUGCAAAUCAUAAGUUAUUCUUUUUGAUUAGACACGGUUUCGGUGUACAUCAGUGCAAUACGCCAUCAACCGACUGGACAUGCUACUGGGAAACAUUAGACGGCUAUGAUGGUCAAGUAUGGGCUGAUGCUUUGUUAACUCAAAAAGGGAUUGAUGAGUGUACAGCACUUUCGAAACAGAUCAAAAGUACCUCAAACUUCCCCUUUCCAAAUACGCAUUAUAGCAGUCCAUUGAGAAGAACAUUGCAAACAUGGCAGUAUGUUUGGAAGGAUAUUACCAAUGAUGCUCCCAUAAUCAAAGAAUACGCAAGAGAAACUUACGGAAUUCAAACCGAAAGUAAACGCCACAGCAAAACUUAUAUUCACUCAAAUUGGCCAUAUGCCACUUUUGAAGAUGGGUUUACCGAGGAUGACAAAUUGUGGGAGGCAAAUUCGAGGGAAACGGGCCAACAUCGUAAAUUUAGAGCAGCAUCAUUAUUAAACGACAUUUUCGACUCAACGAGCAGUGAUGAAAAAGUGAUAAGCAUUGUGUCACACUCUGGUAUGAUAGGCUCAUUGCUAAAAGUUGUUGGUCACAGAGAAUACCCUGUUGAUAACGCAGUGUUGAUUCCGGUUUUAGUCCAGCGGAAAAAGCAUAAAACAAAGGAUUAUGUGUUGGAUAAGCCCGAUAAGACUUUCAGUGAUAUUUGUCCUGAUAAGCCUUCUCAGAUUACCCAAGGACCAGGUUUGACCUGUAGUGCUGCUCCUUUCAGUGGAAGUAACUGA